AGUUCCUGAGGCAGUCUUGACCACCGCAAAGCAGAUGAGGAGCAGAGCCUGAUGUAGUGUGAUGGCCAUCCGCCUAGAAGCCCGAGGAUUCAGAGAAGCAGGGGAAAUUGAUCCAGACAGACAUCGGGACUAUGGCAGACUUUUCUAAGGAGACCUUUGAGUCCUUUACUGAUGAGGUACAGAGUUCCGGUUCAUUCAGUUCCUCUGGAGGACUGCAGCCCUGGUCCUAUGCCUCUGGGAGUAAAUCCGAGAGUGGAACGCCGACUCCACGCUUGCAAUAUGGAGACAACCAAUCUGAGUUUUCACACUUCAAAAAUAAUGAAAAGAAGUUGAGCAGAAAAUGGAUCAACAACCUCAAGAGCAAGGAAAUGAACUCUGGCCAGUAUCAACCAGGCACUAAACUUGAAACAGAAAUCACUCAGGCAUCCCUUGAAGAAAUGAAUGCCCUGCAGUCUUUCUGCACCGUUAAGAUAAACUUAAUUCAUCAUAGUGCGAACUCUAAGGGGAAAAAGAGCAGCAGACAUAAAAAGCUGCAGCUUGGAUCGGAUGCGGAGGCUCCAGCGGUAGAUGCCUUAAACUGUACUGUCCCCGAUGAGCUUUUGAACAGAAUCUAUUUUAAAAACAUGAGGACAACACCCAAAGAGGUGGUAACAGCUAAGCAACACAUUUCUUCUCGGUGUCCCAACUGUAACAGGAAAAGAGCAGAACUGGCCCAAUCUGCCUUCCUGAAACAGAAGAAGACUUUACUGGAGUCACUCCUACUCCAAGAGAAAAUAGAUGAACAUCUUCAUAUGAAAGACUUUCUAACCCUUAUUGGAGAAACACAUCAGAGCCUUCCCAGGCUUUCCGAUGACCCCAGAAUAAUCUGGGAAAGACUGAAGGAGAAAAGUCAGAUUGGUUAUUCUGGUUUUGAAAGGAGCAGAGCAUUUGACCUGACCGUUAGCACGACCGUUAUCGCGAGACCCUGAGCCAACAGUCAGCUCGCAGUGGUCCUCGCGGCAGAGAGUGCGGUGAGAGGUGAGAGAGGCGGUUGCAGGGCCUGGGGCAGGCUGAGGGCUGGGUCCUGCAGAGUUCCAGAGCCCUCGCCGCAGCCGCCCGUUAGCCGGGCCCAGACCUUGAAGCAGCGAAGCCGCAGCGAACCCCUCCCCCAUCCCAACGUCUGCAACCUAAUGGCGGCCGGCGGUCUCCCUGGGUCGCAGUCCGUGGAGGCCUCAGCAACUGGAGUAUAUGGACACUGCCAUUGAGGUAACAGCUUCAGCCCGCUUCAGUCUCUCCAUUCAAGUUUCAAAAGUUGGUGCUGCUUAGAUCAGUCGUCUCCCCCUAGGAGGUGGCCAGAGGCCAGGGUUAAGUUGCACGGACAUUACACGUCAUUAGUUCAGGUCCACCUCUGUGGUUGGGCUCUUCUCAAAGAAGGGCAAGUGCUGUAAGCUGGGGAUUCACCUGAUGGGCAUUUGCUACAACACGUAUUCCUGGUGAUCGUAUACAAAUGAUUCUCUCCAGGUUAAAUGAAAAGCCUGAGGGCCGGCUGGGUCCUGGCCGCCUGGCUCCCUCAUUGAUGAUGGCUGGGCAGGGUCUGGGGACCUGGCCCUGAGGGCGCUGCCAGCUGAGAUCUGUCCCCUCACCCAGGCCUGGGCGCUGGCGGGAGGACCCAGAGUGGGUGCUGGAUGAAAGCUCCUGGGCAGGUUAACUGGCCCGCGCGGGGACCCCCUUCUGUAAGCCAGGGCCUGGACCUCGGAGGGUGAAAGUUGAGCCUUGGGACCUUGCCUUUUCUUGUCAGAACAGAGAAUAACAUUUGUUUCGUUGGAGGUUUAUAAGAACACUGUGACCUGGCCCCAAGAACAAAGGAUCUAACACCAGGAAGUUUGUAACAGCUAACCAUGCCCCUCCCUAUAAAAGGGCUAUAAAAGGGCUUUGCUGAAAGCUUUCCAGGCGUCCAGGGUUUUCAAGGCAUGAGCCACCAGUCUCCUUGCAUGGCUCUGCAAUAAACCUUUCUCUGCUCCAAACUCCGACGUUUUGGUAUUGUUUGGCCUCAGUGUGUGCUGGGCACUCGGACUUGCAUUCGAUAAUAUUUCUACAGGUACUCUGGAAACUUUAGAGUUUACUGUGCUUUCUUCACAGAUUUGAGGACUAAAGACUUUCCACCCAGUAUUUUUUUCAGAUUCUAGAGGGCAACAUUUUAUAGUUGGAAUAGUUACAAAGUUUUUAUAACAAUCCAGGAGAGAGAUGCUGGCAAUUUGGACUAGGGUUUUGACAGUACAGAUAGAAAUAGAGAUCUAAGAAAUACUUAGGAGGUAAUAAUUGACAUUCUUUGGUGAAGAAAUGGAUAUGGGGAUUUAAUAAAAGGUAAAUGUUAAGCAUGUUACUAAGUUUCUGACUUGUGCAUUUGGAUGAAUGAUAAUUCAUUAAGAUAGGAGCAUUGGAAGAGGAUGAUGUUUGAUUAGGAGGGUGAUUAUUUGGACAUGGUUAGUUUGAGGAAUAUUUGGGACAUUCAUAUUGAGAGGUGGAGAAACAUUUGGUUAUUUGUGCUUGCGAUCUGGAGAAAAGGUCUUGAGGGGGUGGGGAUCACUGGCAUAUAUGUCAUAGAUGUGGUGAGCUCUUCUAGAAGAAAGGAGAAUGACAGGAGAAGAAGGGCUAUGACCAACUCCUGAGAACUUCUACCCACGAAUUAAUGGCUGGGUAGAGGAGAACAAGACAGCAAAGGAGGUUGAGAAGAAGUCAUCAUAGAAGGAUAAAGGAAACCAGGAAAGAGUCGUGUCAGAGAGACCAAAGAAAGAGAACGUUUCAAGAAGGAUGGGUUGUCUAAGCAUGCCAAUGCAACAGAGUUCACAGGAGAUGAUUUAGUCAUGUGUUGGCUUUGACUUAACAACAGUAACUUCAUUCAUAAAAAUUGAGAUGACUGACAGUAGAUUGAGAAAUAAAUGUAAGCUAAGGAAAUGAGGAAUAUGGGUAUAGACUUCUUGAAGUUUAGCUGUGGAGGGAAAGCAGGAGAGGUAAUUUUUCUAUAUGUCUAACACUUAAGCUAUCACAGUCAAAAAUUUAUAAAAAUCAGCAAAAAAUACCCUUUGUAUCAGCAAAAAAUAACCUUUGUGUCAUGUCAGUAUUACUCUUUGC